AUGGCUCGCUUCGCUGUGGUCGCCGCCAUCGUCGCGCUUCUCGCCGUCACCGCGGCCGCGCAGGCCCCGGCCGCGACGCCAACCCCGGCGCCCAGGAUGGCCCCGCUGCCGCCUCCCCCGGCGCGGUCCCCGGCCACCGCCCCGUCUCCGGCCGCGAAGCCGCCCACCGCCUCGGCGCCGUCCCCGAUGGCCUCUCCCCCGGCCCCGCCCACGGAGGCCCCGACCGCGACCGCGCCCUCCGCAGUGACCCCGACCACCUCAGUCUCCGCCCCGGCCGGCGCCCCCACCGAGACUCCCGCCGGCAACGGCGCCGCCUCCUCCGCCAUACUGAUGAUGAUGGAGAGAGAGCAGAGAGGUCAUUUGAGGAGGGGGGGAUUUACUGCGGUGUAG